UUCAUAAGGGUGCUGGAGAAGUCUGGUGGUUCUGCUUUUGCAGAAGUCCAGGUCUGGUGUCUUGUGUUCUGACCAGAUGUCGUCCCGUAAAGGAUCAGUAAACAGCCAAGGAAAUGGACCUUCAAAUAAUGUCAGAGAGAAGGAAGUUGUGGAACUGGCUGAACUUGGACCCCUGUUAGAGGAGAAAGGAGACCCACUGGCAACUAAUUCACCCAUUGCCCAAGACCAACCAUGUCCAGCAACCCAAGAAGAAGAGGAGGAGGAGGUGCGGGUGCUGACUCUGCCUUUGCAGGCACAUCAUGCUAUGGAAAAAAUGGAGGAAUUUGUAUAUAAGGUCUGGGAGGGUCGCUGGAGAGUUAUCCCUUAUGAUGUGCUGCCUGACUGGCUGAAAGAUAACGAUUACCUGUUGCAUGGGCAUCGGCCCCCCAUGCCAUCUUUCAGAGCCUGCUUCAAGAGCAUCUUCCGCAUACACACUGAGACAGGCAACAUCUGGACGCACUUAUUAGGCUUUGUGUUAUUUCUUUGCCUGGGAAUUUUGACCAUGCUUAGGCCAAAUAUGUACUUCAUGGCCCCUCUUCAGGAAAAGGUGGUGUUCGGAAUGUUCUUCCUUGGAGCAGUGCUGUGUCUCAGCUUUUCCUGGCUUUUUCAUACAGUCUACUGUCAUUCAGAAAAGGUGUCUCGGACAUUUUCCAACCUGCCACUGCGGGUGGACUGGGAAAGCAAAGGGGAGGGAGAGUGGGUCAGUUUCACCCACCUGGGGUUGAAAGUGGAGAUGCUGACAGAUCUUGCUGUUCUUUUCACAGGGGUGUUCCUGGGGCUGGGGCUGAGUGGUGUGGUCCCCACCAUGCAUUUCACCAUAGCAGAAGGAUUUGUGAAAGCCACCACUAUGGGCCAGAUGGGCUGGUUUUUCCUUAUGGCCAUGAUGUACAUAACAGGAGCUGGACUGUAUGCUGCCCGAAUUCCAGAGCGCUUCUUUCCUGGCAAGUUUGACAUCUGGUUCCAGUCCCACCAGAUCUUUCACGUGCUGGUGGUGGCUGCAGCCUUUGUCCAUUUCUAUGGAGUCUCCAAUCUGCAGGAAUUCCGUUAUGGGCUUGAAGGAGGAUGUACUGACGACUCUCUUCUCUGAGAACUUC